GAGAGAGAGAGAGAGAGAGAGAGAUGGAGAAAUUCCCAGUGAUCGACUGGGAGAAGUUGAAUGGUGAGGAGAGAGGAGUGACCAUGGAGAUGAUAAAAGAUGCUUGUGAAAACUGGGGCUUCUUUGAGUUGCUGAAUCAUGGGAUAUCACAUGAGCUGAUGGACUCUGUGGAGAGGCUCACAAAGGGUCACUACAGAGAAUGCAUGGAGAGGAAAUUCAAGGAAAUGGUGGCAAGCAAAGGACUUGAGGCUGUUCAGUCCGAAAUUGACAACAUCGAUUGGGAGAGCACCUUCUUCUUGCGCCAUCUCCCCGUCUCCAACAUGUCCGAAGUCCCGGAUCUCAAAGAAGAUUACAGGGAGGUGAUGAGAGAAUUUGCACUGGAGAUAGAGAAGCUAGCAGAGCAACUCCUAGAUCUGCUGUGUGAGAACCUCGGUCUUGAGAAAGGGUACCUGAAGAAGGUGUUCUACGGAUCCAAGGGGCCAACAUUUGGAACCAAGGUGAGCAACUACCCUCCGUGCCCGAACCCAGAGCUUAUUAAGGGCCUCCGGGCCCACACCGAUGCCGGCGGGAUCAUCCUCCUCUUCCAGGACGACAAGGUCAGCGGCCUCCAACUCCUCAAGGACGGCAAGUGGAUCGAUGUCCCUCCCCUGAGGCAUUCGAUUGUUAUCAACUUAGGUGACCAACUAGAGGUCAUUACAAAUGGCAAGUACAAGAGUGUGGAGCACCGGGUCAUUGCGCAGACAGAUGGGAACAGAAUGUCCAUAGCAUCGUUUUACAACCCCGGGAGUGAUGCCGUCAUCUGUCCCGCACCAGCACUGUUGGAGAAGGAAGAAGCAGAGAAAGGCCGAGUCUAUCCCAAGUUUGUGUUUGAGGAUUACAUGAAGUUGUAUGCAGGGCUUAAGUUCCAGGCGAAGGAACCGAGAUUCGAAGCCAUGAAAGCCAUGGAAUCCACCAUCGCUACGGGUCCCAUCGCAACCGCUUGAGUGUCGAAUGGUGAGUCCCUUGUGACUAAGGAGUGGGUUUUGUGUCGUGGUUUGGUCUACUAAUGUAAUGAAUCUCGCUCUAUGUAGUUCUGGAGAUUCUGAGUGCUUUGCUUGUGUUUCAAGUAGCGUGUUUAUCUUGAAUUUUGUACUAGUGAUUGCUGAGGCUUUUAUAAUAGCUUUUGGUGCUGAUGA